AUGGGGCUCACCACGCUAGCAGUCUUGACUGCCGUCGUGGCCUUUUUCUUCAUCAUCCGGGCUUUUACCUCAAAACAAAAGCUUGGCAAAUUACCUCCCGGUCCGAAAGGCAAACCUAUUAUCGGGAAUCUGCUUGAUCUACCUGCAGAAGGGGAACAAGAAUGUCUGCACUGGCUGCGACACAAAGAGCUUUAUGGCCCCUUGAGCUCCGUCACGGCCCUGGGCCAAACAGUGAUCAUCAUCAACGAUAGAGAUAUUGCAGGCCAAAUAUUGGAAAAGAACUCCGCUAAGCAUUCAUCUCGUCCUCAUUUUGUCUUCGCCAACGAACUCUCGGGAUGGGGCAAGACGCCCGUGAGUCAAGGUAACACAAGUCUCCUCCGCACAUAUCGUCGGGCGAUGGCCCGCGUUAUCGGAACACAUGCAUCAGCCUCGAAAUUUGACCAAUUGCUUGUUGUUGAGACUCGACGGUUUUUAUGGCGCGUACUCGAUCGUCCGCAAAACUUUAUAGAUCACAUCAGAACCGCCGCGGGAGCUUUCAUCUUGAAAGUCACCUAUGGAUACGAUAUUGUUCCCCACGGUAAAGACCCUCUGGUUAGCUUGGCAGAUUCGGCACUAGAGCAAUUCUCAAAGGCUAUGGUCCCGGGAGCAUGGUUGGUGGAUAUGAUUCCAGCAUUAAAGUACAUUCCAGAGUGGGCUCCAGGAUCAGGCUUCAAGAAGACGGCACGCUAUUAUCUUGAAACCCUCACAAAUCUUGUCGACCACCCCUUCAAGUUUACAAAAUACAAAAUGAGCCAAAACUCUCACAGGCCAUCGUUCGUAUCCGAGCUUCUGAGUCAGGGAGAGGAUGAAGACAUUGCAAAGUGGGCAGCCGUGGCACUAUAUGCUGGUGGAGCAGAUACAACUGUAGCCGCGUUGGAAGGAUUCUUUCUCGCGAUGACACUAUUCCCCGAUGUUCAACGCAAGGCACAUGAAGAAAUUGACCGUGUAUUCGGUGGCCCAGCUUUGUCUACAGUUGAGGACCGAGAAAGGCUGCCUUAUAUCAAUGCAAUUGUCAAAGAGGCCCUUCGUUGGCACGUUGUCGCUCCACUCGGCGUUCCUCAUCGAACCGAUGAAGAUGACAUCGUUGAUGGAUAUCUAAUUCCGAGAAACGCCGUUCUGGUGCCGAAUAUCUGGUCUUUCAACCAUGAUCCUGAGGUAUAUCCUGAACCAUCAGUAUUCCGCCCUGAACGAUACCUUCCGGAAGAGGGCCGGAAUGCCGAGCCUGAUCCACACUCCGCAAGCUUCGGUUAUGGACGUCGACUCUGCCCCGGCCGCAUUGUUGCCGAUACGUCACUGUUUCUGACUAUCGCGAAUGCGUUGGCUACCUUCGAUAUCACCAAGGGGGUCGGGGAAGAUGGCCUGGAAAUCGAGCCUCCUAUUGGCUUCACGCCGGGUAUUGUCAGUCACCCUUUGCCCUAUCAGUGUAACUUUACUCCACGGAGUGAAAAGCACAAAGCAUUGAUUCUGGAGUUUGAACGUGAAACUCCGUUUGAGAAUAGUGAUGCGGAGGCUUUGAGUGAGGCUCUCAAACGGAUGUAG